AUGGCGCCUCAAAUUCUCACCUCGAUCUAUCCGGCUCUGCCCAAGGCAAGCUACACAAACAUCUUUGACUAUGUCAGCUCCGAGUCCGAGUCGUCGCUCGCUGACAAGGUGCAGUUCGUUCGUCAGGACGGCAAGCAGUUCACACACGGCCAGGUGGUGCGCGAAGCACGUCGCUUGGCUUGGACGCUGAGGCACAAGCUGGGUCUCCAGCCUCGCCAGCGUGUGGGUGUCAUCUCGCCAAACCACACCAUGUACCCCAUCUUUGUCUUUGCAGCAGAGGUGGCCGGUCUCGUUACUGCUCCCGUCAACCCGGCGUUGACUGUGGGAGAACUGUCCAAGUCGCUUCAGCAGGCUUCCGUCGACAUUGUCCUUGCCCACCCCUCGUGUCAGGACAACGCCCGCGCCGCUUGGGAGCAGGCCAAGGCUGCUAUGGGCCGAGGAGCUUCUUCUUCGUCGUCGUCUUCCGAGACGGCCAGCGAGGGACUGUUCAUGUUUGACGAUGCGGACGAGCUUGUCGUCGGCAAGCAGGGCGAGCCUGAUCUGCGUGCUCAGCUGACCGACAACGAGCUCGAGUCGUACCGUGUCGAGGAUCCUACCACCGAGACUGCCUUUAUCAUGUUCUCGUCUGGUACCUCGGGCUCUGCCAAGGGUGUCGAGAUCACCCACUCCAACGUCAUCCACAGUGUCAUGGCCCUCGUUGCCACUCAUGACGACUACUUUGGCCAGAAGGACGUGCAGGUCGGCUUCCUGCCCUUCUACCACAUCUUUGGUCUCAUCAAGCUCAUGCACCACCCCUUCUACCUUGGCAUGAAGAUCGUCAUCCUGCCCAAGUUCAGCCUCGACCUCUUUUGCGAAAAGAUCGAGGAGCACCAGGCCACUGCUUCGCUGGUGGUGCCACCUGUUCUGCUUCAGCUGGCAAAGAGCCCUGUGCCCGAAAAGUACAACAUGUCGAGCCUCAAGUGCGUCCAGUGCGGUGCUGCUCCUCUGUCGGCAGAGCUCUUUGAGCUGCUCGAGAAGCGCUACCCUGGUUUGGCGGUGCUCAAUGGAUACGGUCUCACCGAGUCGCUUCCUUCGGUAAUUUGCUCGGGUCCCAAGGAUUUGCCCAACUCCAAGGGUGCUGCCGGUCGUAUCGCUCCCGGUGUCGAGGUGCGCCUUGUGUCGGAGGAGGGCCACGAUGUGGGUCAGGAGCAGGGACGAGAGGGCGUUCCCGGUGAAGUCUGGCUGCGUGGCCCGACGAUCAUGAAGGGCUACUUGGACAACGAGGAGGCUACACGCGAUGCUUUUACGGCCGAUGGAUGGUUCAAGACUGGUGAUGUCGCUGUGAUGCGCAACACCGAGAUCUUCAUCGUGGAUCGCAUCAAGGACUUGAUCAAGUUCAAGGGCUUCCAGGUCUCGCCUGCGGAGCUCGAGGCGGUCAUCACGAGCCACCCAGAGGUUGCGGAUGUUGCCGUGUUUGGUGUGUGGUGCCCCGCUCAGAUGACCGAGGUACCGCGCGCCUGCAUUGUACCGAGGGAUCUGGAGCUGCUCAACAAGCCAGACGAGUGCAUGGAGCUCGAGAAGCGCGUGCGUUCGCACAUGGAGAAGCUCGUUGCAGCGCACAAGAAGAUCCGCGGCGGCAUCGAGUGGGUGGCUACCGUCCCCAAGUCUCCCUCGGGCAAGAUCUUGAGGAGGCUGCUGCGCGACGAGGCGGCGCGAGCUGCUGCUAAGGCGGACGAGAAGAACCAGCUGCGUUCGACGUUGGUGACGACGCUUUCGGCGGUCAAUGCCGGUGGUAGCAAGGACGAGGACGAGGCGAGGGAUAGCAGUAUCUUUUCGCCCAUCUCGCCCGUUGCUGCUGCGUGA